AUGGAUGUGAUGAGAAAGAGAGCAAGAACGAGCAUUGAUUCGACGAUCGUCGAUGUAUGGAAACGUGAAGUCGGCGAGCUAUCAUCCAGAAACUUCGCUCACCGCCUCGCGGUCUCCGAGGGUGUUGUUCUUCGUCUUGAUAUCCUCCGGAAGCUUGAAAAGCACAAAGGUUGUGUGAACACUGUUAGCUUCAACACUGAUGGUGAAAUUCUUGUAUCGGGCUCUGACGACCGGAUGGUCAUACUCUGGGAUUGGGAAACUGGUCAUGUUAGACUUUCUUUCCAUUCUGGUCAUCACAACAAUAUUUUCCAAGCAAAGAUUAUGCCUUACACCGAGGACCGAAGCAUUGUUACCUGUGCUGCUGAUGGGCAGGUGAGGCAUGCUCAGAUUCUUGAGCGUGGAAAAGUGGAGACUAAGCUAAUAGCAGAACAUGAGGGUCGAGCUCAUAAGUUGGCCAUUGAACCUGGCAGCCCUCACAUAUUUUAUACCUGUGGAGAAGAUGGAUUAGUUCAGCAUAUUGACCUGAGAACUUCAAUUGCUACAGAACUUUUUACUUGCCAAUCUGUCCAGCAUCAGAAUUACAUGUCUGCCGUUCAACUUAAUACAAUUGCAAUUGAUCCAAGAAAUCCUAAUUUCUUUGCUGUUGGCGGAUCAGAUGAGUUUGCUCGACUAUUUGAUAUUCGCAAGUAUAAGUGGGAUGGAUCAACUGAGUUUGGUCAGCCUGUCGACUUCUUUUGUCCUCCACAUUUAGUUGGUGAUGGGAACGUGGGAAUUACAGGGUUGGCAUUCUCUGCUGAAAGGGAGCUUCUUGCUUCUUACAAUAAUGAGUUCAUCUAUCUUUUUUCAGGGGACAUGGGACUAGGGCCUGAUCCAGUUCCCACAUCCUUGGUCUCUGAUGACAGUAAUGCAGGUGAUAUGAGCCCCAAUCAUCAUUCUGUUGCAUCUCCUGCAGACAUAGACGGCAAUGCGAAAGCUGCUCCCCAGGUCUACAAAGGGCACUUGAACUGUGAGACUGUGAAGGGAGUGAAUUUCUAUGGGUCUAGAUGUGAGUAUGUUGUGAGUGGGUCCGAUUGUGGUCGAAUUUUCAUUUGGAAGAAGGGCGGGAAGCUCAUCCGUGUCUUGGAAGCAGAUAAGGAUGUGGUUAAUUGUAUUGAACCUCAUCCUCAUACUAUGAUGCUUGCCAGCAGUGGAAUAGAGAAUGACAUUAAAAUAUGGAUUCCAAAGGCCAUUGAUAGGGCUACUCUACCUACUAACAUUGAACUGAGAAGGCCGAAACCAAGGCGGUGGAUGCAUCGCAUGAUUUCCCCGGAGGACCUGAUGCUGCAGUUAGUUUCUCUACAAAGGCGGAGGACAAGGCAGGAGCGCAGUGGAGACGGUUCUGAUGUCAGAAGAGACCUGCUACAGAUGCUCUUCUCGUUUGACGCCAACAGCGAUGAUGACGGAAAUAAUAACGGAGAUACUACUGGUGCUGAAGAAUGUUCUACUUGA